CCGGACACGCCCCUUUGUUGGAAGGAAACGGACAUGCGCGGCUGCUCACUUCCUCCACGGCUGCUGCUUCUUUUUAGUCCGUCUGUGUUGAUAGCGGCUUUUGCUUCCACACGUGUAAUCAUUCCUAUGUGAAUCUCCGUCUUUCGGACCCAAUUAUCAGCUCGUCCUGCUCUGUCAGAAUAGGUGUAAAGACAUAGAAUCCAACAACCAUGGGGGCAUAUCUGUCGCAGCCUAACACCACCAAGACCUCUUCCGAUGGCGGCAACAGCAGCAUGAGCUACGGCUUCUCUGCCAUGCAGGGCUGGCGGGUGUCCAUGGAGGAUGCUCAUAACUGUAUCCCCGAGUUUGAUGAGGAGACGGCCAUGUUUUCUGUGUAUGAUGGGCAUGGAGGUGAAGAGGUGGCUCUGUACUGUUCAAAGUACCUUCCUGACAUCAUCAAGGAACAGAAAACUUACAAAGACGGCAAACUUCAAAAGGCACUGGAGGAUGCCUUCUUGGCCAUCGACAGCAGAAUGACCACAGAGGAAGUCAUUAAGGAGCUGGUCCAGAUCGCUGGACGACCCACUGAGGAGCCACCUGCUGAAAAGGUUUCAGAGGAGGACGACUUGGACACGGAGGAGGCAGCUUUGCUCCACGAGGAGGCCACCAUGACCAUAGAGGAGCUGUUGAUUCGCUACGGCCAGAACCGCAAUGCCGUUAAACAUGCUGCUGCCCUCAGUGCCGCUGCUAAGAAGGCUUCUUGCUCGCAUCCCGAGGCUUUGGCAGACAAAAAGGAAGGUGGAGACGGAUCGAAGAAAGAGGGGCUGAACGGGGAGGUGGAGGAGGAGAGCAAUGGGAAGGUGAAGGAAGGCGAAGGAGCAUCAUGCGGGUCUAAGCUGCGAGCCUGUCGGAGAGCAGGAGGAGGUGAAGGCAGCGGUGCAGCAGCAGACUGUGGAGGGUCAGGAAGCUCCAAUGGAGAAGAAAAGGCUGGAAAGGCCGAAGGAGAUGCAGGUCCUUCCUGUUCCUCAUCCUCGAAAGCCGCAGGAGAUUCCAAGUCGAGGUUCUUUGAUGACAGUGAGGAGUCUGAGGAGGGCGAGGAGGAGGAGGAGGGCAGCGAUGAAGAGGAUGGCAGCGAAGAGGAAGAGGGUGACAGCAGUGAGUUGGAAGAAGAGGAUACAGAGGAGGGAGAGGAAGACUCUGAGGAUGAAGAGGAGGAGGAGGAAAUGUGUCUGCCAGGAAUGGAUGGCAAAGAGGAGCCCGGCUCAGACAGCGGCACCACAGCCGUCGUGGCUCUGAUCAGAGGGAAGCAGCUCAUCGUGGCCAAUGCUGGAGACUCUCGCUGUGUGGUGUCUGAACGCGGCAAAGCCGUCGACAUGUCGUACGACCACAAGCCAGAGGACGAGGUGGAACUCGCUCGCAUCAAAAACGCUGGUGGGAAAGUGACUAUGGACGGACGAGUCAAUGGUGGACUGAACCUCUCCAGAGCUAUUGGUGACCACUUCUACAAGAGGAACAAGAGUCUGCCACCAGAGGAGCAGAUGAUUUCUGCGAUGCCGGAUGUCAAAGUUCUGACUCUCAACGAGGACCACGACUUCAUGGUCAUUGCCUGCGAUGGUAUCUGGAAUGUGUUAAGCAGUCAGGAGGUGGUGGACUUUAUCAGUGAAAGGAUGAAACAAGACCAGAGUGGCAAAACCAGACCCCUUUCGUCCAUCGUGGAAGAGCUGCUGGACCGCUGUUUGGCCCCCGACACAUCCGGAGACGGGACAGGAUGCGACAACAUGACCUGCAUCAUCGUCACCUUUCGGCCACACCCAUCCCCCACCCAGUCAGACGACACAAAGAAGAGGAAGCACCAGGAGGGGGCAGAAGAGACGGAGUUGGAGGAGAACGGAAAUGACAGCAAAAAGGCAAAAAGUGACUAAAGGAAGAGAGAAAAUAUCCCAGAGGGAGCAGCUGGUCCAAGGCUACCCCAGAUACACCAGAGACACAUUCUGUUCAAAGUUAAACCCUUACCUCACAGACAUCAUUUCACCCUGAAACAGACAUUACAAAGGCUAUAUACAUAUAUAUACCGGGCUUUGCAAAAGUUCUGUUACACUUGCAAAAUGCAAGCAAAAUGAGCACAAAGAUUUUUUGAUGCAAUAAGAUAAUUUUUUAUUUUCCAAAUAUUUCAAUAUAUGUGUUAAUGGUAAUAUUAAUCAGAAAUGUGGCCAUCCAAAAGUUUUAUCUUAUUGCACCAAAAAAUCUUUGUGUUCAUUUUUGUGAAUGUCUCAACAAGUGCAACAGAACUUUUGCAAAGCUCGGUAUAUAUGUACGCUCAAAGAUCAGCUAAGGUCAUCACUAUAGUUUUUGUACUCUGUUCUGGGUGGAGUUUCACUUUAACACACCCUGCAGUUGUUUUCUUUUAUCGGUCCAGUUGGAAAGAAACUGGACACACUUUUAGUUCUUAAAUUCAGACGAGGCACCACUCACUGGCAUGCUAAUAGCACAGCAGUUUCCAUGUAUUUGUAACUAGUAGGAGGCUGCAGGAGGAACCAGUCUACAGAGAUUGGUGUCUUUUUUUUUUUUUUUUUCCUAAACAUUUGCGAGGUGCCUCAUCUUCCCUGCACACAUACACUGCACUCUCAUCGUUUAAAUCACUUCCCAUGUGAUGGCUUCAGUUUGUUUUUAAAAAGUUUGAGGACAGUCUCAUGUCUGAUUGCCAUGUCAUUUUAAACCGUGACACGAGUUUCCAUUUUGACUUUAUGACAUGAAACAUGCACAGUACUAUUAAGAUGAACUGCACAAUACUUGGAGUGUUGUACUAACAGAGUGCCAUGAAAAGCAUGGAUUCCUUUUAGGUACGGUUUCACAUUCUUCUCAGAUUAAGUUAACCCUGAAAAGAUCCAAAUUGGCUGCGUAUUGUCUCUGCAUAAAGGUAACUGUAAAAGAACUAAUAGAGGACAGUAUUGUCCAGCGAACCCUAAAUUGAAGCUUCAUGAUGCAGUGAGCGUGAGUGUUGCAUUGAAUGUGUUAGUGUUCUGUUUCAGGCUCCUCUCUGAUGUCAAUCUCUCAACCUGAGUUUGUUCAGGGACAGCUUGUGUGAAUCACUUUGACUCCCACCUAUAGAAGGAGAGGAACUGAUGGAUUUGGGGUACUAGUCCAGUUGCUCUAGUUUUCCAUUUAUAUAUUUUUAGCGCCCCUUCAAAAGGAUAUUUUUUCAGUCUUGCUGAUCACAGAACAGCCCACAUCGCCAUCAUCCUGCCUUUGUCAUUCCUGGUUCGUGUCUUGUCUUGAUUAAAUCUUUACAUUUUCAGAAUGGAGGAGGGGAUGCCAGGGUUUUUGGAGCUAGUGUACAUUCAGUCUUUACGAUAUGAUAGCAAGGACCCACAGACGAGCCUUUUAUUUCCAUCCAUAGAGAAGUGGUCCGCCACACAGCUCGUCUCCAGGACUGCAAGCUUCCUCCAGCCCAGUUACUGUCCCCAUCUGUUCCCACUUCUACACCUUUUUAUGAUUAUCUCUAGGCCAUGUGUUUUAAGUAAAAAAGUAUUUCCACUCAACGGUUUAUUUUUCUCAUUUUUGAUGAAUCGGUCCUCUGGGUUUUUUAAACAAAUCCUUUUUGUGAGCACACUUUGAAACGCCUUGAUGCUGGACUGUGGAGGGGAUGUACGAGGUUUUCCUUCUGAGUGGAAAUACAAUUUGAAGUUCAGAGCACCAAGACAGUGUAACUGUUAGAUUUUUUUCUUUAUUUGCAGAAGCCUCAUAUAAAACAUUGUGUGACUGUAAGUUUGUUUCUAGUGUACUAUCUUGUCACCAUGCCCUUUUUUCUGUACAUAGUUUUUUCAAUACUUGUAAUUGAAGAAAAAGAAAACACUUUUUCUUUGUAAUUGUGAGUCAAUGUGACAUUUUUGGUGCAUACUCUUUUGACACCAGUAUGUAAGUACAUACAAAUACAUUUUUUUAAAUAAUCAAAA